AUGUCCGAAGCAGCUGCAGCUCAAUCGCCAGCAAGAUUAAGAAAUCUAUUUGCUCUUAUACUAGCUGUUUGUGGACCAUCCAAUCCAAAACAAUUAUGGGAGUCGUACAAAGAAAGCUUGACUGAAGACAUUCUGAGAAAUGCUCGCAGGCAAAAUCCUGGAAUGAAUUUGGAUUAUACACCAGAUAUGUUUAAUCAAGCACUGAUUAUUAUUGAAAAUAAAGUUUUAGAGAUGGGUGGCAAAGAACUUGAGAAAUUAGAGCUCCCAACUCCUCAACGAAAUUCGGGUGAUCGAUUAAACAGUGCAAUGCUCAGAGAAACAAGUUAUGAUGUGAAAGAGUUGGAUGCUUAUAUAACAGCAAAUGAGCCACUGUUGGUGCCGGAUCAGAGAGCUGCAUACAAUGCGAUUUUGGAUCAGAUCGAGAAGAAAGCUGGUGGAAUAAUCUUCCUUGAUGCACCUGGUGGAACAGGGAAGACAUUUGUCAUUAAUUUGUUAUUGGCUAAAAUCCGGCAUCAGUCAAAGAUUGCGAUUGCGGUCGCCUCUUCCGGUAUCGCUGCUACGCUGCUUCACGGUGGUCGUACUGCGCACUCGACAUUAAAGUUACCUCUUAAGUUUUUGGAAAAUCAAACUCAUGUCUGUAGUAUUACCAAAGGAACUGGCGAAGCAAAGGUUCUGCAAGAAUGUGAACUUAUUGUAUGGGACGAGUGCACAAUGGCUCAUAGGUAUGCAUUAGAAGCUUUGAACCAUACUUUACAAGAUCUUCGUAACAAUGGAAAGAAUAUGGGUGGAGUAGUUGUACUUAUUGCUGGCGAUUUUAGGCAAACAUUACCAGUUAUUCCAAAGGGUACCAUGGCUGAUGAGCUAAAAGCUUGCUUGAAAUCUUCGUAUCUUUGGAGACAUGUUGUACCAUUAAAACUCAGUACUAACAUGAGAGUGCACUUACGAGGUGACGUAUCUGCCGGCCGUUUCGCUGAACAACUUCUCGCAAUUGGAAAUGGCAAAAUACCUGCUGACCCAGUCAGUGGACUUAUUAAUAUUUCAGACAACUUUUGCAAUAUCGUUGAAUCAGUCGAAGAACUCAAGAAUAAAGUGUUUCCAAACAUUCAAACUCAGUACAAGGAUCACAAAUGGUUAUGUGAACGUGCUAUUCUGGCUCCGAAAAACGUCAAUGUAAAUGCUAUCAAUCUACAAAUACAGCAACAACUUCCUGGUGAAGCUAUAUCUUACAAAUCAAUUGAUACAGUUAAAGAUAUCGACAUGGUAGUUCAGUAUCCAACUGAGUUUCUCAAUUCACUCGAACCUUCUGGAAUGCCACCACAUAACUUGCGUCUGAAAAUUGGAUCAUCUAUUAUGCUCCUAAGAAAUCUGGAUGCACCAAGAUUAUGUAAUGGUACAAGGCUAUGUGUCAAAACUCUAAUGCCUCAUGUAAUCGAAGCAACGAUCAUGACAGGUUGUGCAAAAGGUGAAGAUGUAUUCAUACCAAAAAUACCUUUGCUCCCUUCUGAUAUACCAUUCGAAUUUACACGACUUCAGUUUCCAGUACGGCUUGCCUUCGCAAUGUCUAUUAAUAAGGCUCAAGGGCAAUCACUUAAAGUUGCUGGUGUCAAUUUAGAAACUCCUUGCUUUUCUCAUGGUCAACUUUAUGUGGCAUGCUCGAGAGUAGGAACUGGAGAGAAUUUAUAUGUUUUUGCUCCAGAUGGAAAAACGAAGAACAUCUUGUACAAAACAGCUUUACAAUGA